AUGGCGAAUUUAUCUAAGGACCGGGACGUGGUAGAGAUGAAAAAGGCUGUGGCAACCGGAGCGGUUGGCUCGAACCAUGCUCCUACAUCUGCUGUUGCGCCGAUUGUUUGUUACUGCAUGGCAUCCAUUCUCAUGACAGUCAUGAACAAGUUCGUCGUGUCCGGACGACAGUUCAACAUGAACUUCUUGCUGCUGUGCAUACAGUCCUUUGUAUGCGUGUCGUGCGUCUACAGCUCGAAGAGGCUGGGGAUGAUCUCAUUCCGGGAUUUCGAUUCGAAAGACGCAAAGACAUGGUUUCCCAUCAGCGUCAUGCUGGUGGGUGUCAUCUACACGGGGUCUAAGAGCCUGCAAUUCCUCAGUAUCCCAGUUUACACGAUAUUCAAGAACCUAACCAUCAUCCUGAUCGCUUACGGGGAGGUCAUAUGGUUUGGUGGACGCGUGACUGGGCUCACACUGGGAUCCUUCAUCCUCAUGGUCCUCUCCUCAAUCAUCGCGGCAUGGGCUGAUAUCAGCGAGGCUCUUGUCGUUGGUGACCCUGCUGUAGUGGAAGCGGAAGCACUGGGCACGUUUGCUACCGUGACCGGGGCCGUCACGAAGCUGAACAUCGGCUACUUCUGGAUGUUCCUGAAUUGCGUCACCAGCGCUGCCUAUGUUCUGACGAUGAGAAAGAGGAUCAAGCUAACUGGAUUUUCCGACUGGGAUACGAUGUUCUACAACAACAUGCUCUCGAUACCCGUCUUGGCAGUGGCUUCCAUCAUCGCGGAGGACUGGGGAUUCGAAAACCUGAAUCGUAACUUUCCCCCAGAAACGCGGAACUUGUUGCUCUUCGCGAUCGCCUUCUCCGGUGGUGCUGCCGUCGGUAUCUCGUACACAACCGCAUGGUGUAUCCGGGCAACAAGCAGCACGACAUACAGUAUGGUUGGUGCGCUGAACAAGCUGCCCGUAGCGGCGUCGGGGAUGAUCUUCUUCGGCGACCCUGCCACAUUUGGGUCCGUGACGGCGGUAGCAGUCGGCUUCUUCGCAGGAUUGGUGUAUGCGGUGGCGAAGAACAACCAGAAGAAGGCGGAACAGGCCGCCCAGCAGACGAUCAUCCCACUGGCGAAUCGGACGUCGUGA